UUCACAACGUGAAGCCGGAGUGCCUGGAUGCCUACAACAAGCUGACAGAGAAGGUGCUGCCCAAGCUCCACUUGGACUCUGACUACCCCUGUGACCUGGUGGGGAACUGGAACACAUGGUAUGGCGAGCAGGACCAGGCAGUGCACCUCUGGCGUUUCUCGGGUGGGUACCCAGCGCUCUCGGACUGCAUGAACAAGCUCAAGCAAAACAAGGAGUACCUGGAGUUCCGCAGAGAGAGGAGCCGGAUGCUGCUGUCCCGCAGGAACCAGCUGCUCCUGGAGUUCAGCUUCUGGAACGAGCCCCUGCCCCGACAGGGACCCAACAUCUAUGAGCUGAGGACCUACAAGCUGAAGCCAGGGACCAUGAUCGAAUGGGGCAACAACUGGGCUCGGGCCAUUAAGUACCGUCAGGAGAACCAGGAGGCUGUUGGCGGGUUCUUCUCCCAGAUCGGGGAGCUGUACGUCGUGCACCACCUCUGGGCCUACAGGGACCUGCAGUCCCGGGAGGAGACGAGGAACGCAGCCUGGAGGAAGACGGGCUGGGAUGAGAACGUGUAUUACACGGUCCCGCUGGUCCGGACCAUGGAAUCACGGAUAAUGAUUCCCAUGAAGAUCUCUCCCUUGCAGUGAGCGGGG